ACAUGCCCACCUUCCAGGCAGCCAACUUCUGCCAAAAAAGGGGGAGGGGGGUCAUUACCCCCUGAUUUCCCCCGCCACUGUUGCCCUUGCACCUGCCCCUCCCAAUCGCGCUCGGUGCAUGCUGACUGGCCACUAUCACAGCGCCAGUGUGCCAGUGUGGUUCAGUGCGUCAAGGCGUCGCCGCACCACGGUGCCAGCACGCUGCAACUGUUUGUGGAAGGGGAGGUUUCUGGGAGCUUUACUCGGAAGAGCGUAACAGCAGUCAGCUUGACAGCAACGGCCAUCAGCUCUCAUCGUUCCACAAGAUCUAUUUUUCCUCUCCUCAAACCUUUGGCGUGGCACACAUUUCAUUUAAUGUUUUCUGCGUACCAGAACGCAGAAUUUUUCGGCCAAACACAGGCAAGUAUCGUCUUGGAAAUGUUCUGUUCUUUUAGUUCCCUUAGAUUCAUGUUACCUGGUCUUCACUUAUCUUUAUGAAAAGGCUUUUAUUAUGAUGUCCUUGGAUUGUUUUUCUGUUUUUCUUAAGAACCUGGAGCUUUCUGUCUUUUUCGCCGAGAACUUUUCAGCUGCAACUCCACAGGCCGCUCCAGCGAUACGUAAACAGGGCUGCUGCAUUGUGUCGCCCUCGAAGAGAAGUCUUAAUGCUGACGUGUGUUUCGGCCUAUUGCGACAUUAUGAUCAUGGCACAGAGUCAGGUUGACAGCAACUUUCGCGCGGAGUACGGCUCAGAUCACACUCAACAAACUCACACCGGGGAGAAACCUGUAGAUGGGCAAGCUAGCCAAGAGCAAUUCAGGUGGUCGCGGGAUGCAAAGGAAAACAAAGGCGAUGACGGGGAAUGUCUGAGAAGUGGUGCACUGACUCAGUCAGUGGUCGGCUCUUUCGAGACUGUGAUAUUCGAUGAGAGGUUAAGUGGAAGGGUCGAUUUCGAUAGGCAUUUUCAAAUUCGCGUAGAGCUAAAACUGCCAAAGUGCACAGUUGUUCUGGAAAAUCAACUUAAAACUAAUGCCCGGAUCCACGAAGAGCAAUUGACACUGAACUGUGCAGUGUGCAACAAGAAGUUCCGUACAGAAAAGAAUCUUAGAACGCAUGUGAAAAUUCACACGGGAGACCAACCUUUCGAAUGUACUGUUUGCAAAAGGAAGUUUUCUAGAGGGUGUAAUCUCAAAAUGCACCUUCGAGUUCACACAGGGGAGCUACCUUUCGAGUGCACCUUAUGCAAUAAGACUUUUCGCCGAGUGGGCAAUCUCAAACGCCAUCAGUUUAUCCACACAGGAGAGAAGCCUUUUGAGUGCUCAGUUUGCAAAAUGAAGUUCGGUGAAAGAUGCCAUCUCAAAUACCAUCUUAGAACGCAUACUGGGGAGAAGCUUUUCGAGUGUACUGUUUGCAAAUACAUAAAAGAAAUUCACAUAAUUUUCAUACCUGUGUUGUCAAAGUUUCCUAUUACAACUUCAGUGCUUUUGUGGAUGGUGUGCAGAUACUCAAGCAUGCUAUCCGUUGCCCAGGCUAUUUGAAAUGGUGUGUCACUCAAUGUGAACACACUAUUCUGUCCAUGUUCCAAAUUUACCGCCAUGGUUCUCAAUUUUAGGUUGAUCCAGGGAUUUCUAUGCAGGUCAUCCUCACCUUUUCUUUCUUUCAGCAUUUGUCUCAAGGCUUCCACUGUGGGGACGUCAUCAUAAUUGCCCGCAUUCAGUUCUGCAGCACCUUUCUCAUUGUUGAGUUUUUCCAAGAGCAAAUCCCUCUAGGUGGAGGCAGCACCCUUUGCUUCUACCCUGUCUUUAAAUUCUUUCCUUUGCUUGCCCUUGUUACUUGCUCUUACAGGAUUGCUUUUGGUGUGAUUGUGGAUCCCUUCACCUAAAACAAAACGUUACAAAAAAAAUCAAGCAAGACGUUGUGGCAACACAUAUAAUAAAUAUUUAUAAAAUGAGGCCUGCAGAAAAACUGCACAAGUUAAAUUUUUCCAAAGAAAAAUGUGCAUAAGAAGUGGCAUAUUUACAAGAUUUACACACUACUUUGUGUGCAUCGGUUAAAAGAAUCAAUCUUCAAAGUUAUGCGUGCAAGAAUUAUUAUUUUGACCAAUAAAUAGAGGGCCAGACUUUGAUAUUUUCUGAUAACGUUUUUCACGAUUAGGUAGGCACCUGCUGCGAAAGCUUCACUCUGCAGAAUGCUUCUGUUGAUUUUUAAUGCAGACAGUUCCUACCAUCAUUAGAAUCAAGGUAAUUUAGUAGUUAACACAAAUCAUAGCACAUUUCACCCCAAAAAAUUCUAAACAAAGCGUAUUGAAUUUUAUUCAGAAUAAUAUAAUAAACAGAAUACAAAUAAUGUUAGAACUAAAUUCUCAGGUGACAAGUGUAGGGACUCGAGUUUCAAAUCCGUGACAUCAGAGUCAAGACAAGUGAAGGAAGAAUGACCCGAAGACAACGAAGAAAUGAAACAAACCUACUCACCAUAAACGUGGAUGUGUACUUUCGACGAAUUGGAGUUUAGUUCAUCAAAAUCCUCGAUCAUGAGGAACCACCUCAUUGUGCACACAGUUGACGUGCAAUGCAUCCGUCCACUGAAGGGGUAACCAGACUUUCCUUUUGCCUUCGGAUGCACCACUGAAUUUCCUUCCGGAGCGAGGGAGCAAAAAACUCCUUGAGGUUUGUGCUGCUUGAACUUGGCCUUUAGCUUAUCAGCCCAGCCUCCCUUCAAAUUCUUUUUGUCUGGCUGGUAGAAGGCAUUCCACCAAUUACUCUUGGAAACAGUAAAACUGAAAACUGAUUCACUCCUCUCAUAUUUAGUUUUCUCUGAAUCUUCAUCAGCAGACAUGGUUGAAGCUAAUAAACCUGUUGCGUCUUUCUCGACCCUGUGCACUGCAGGAAAUAACCACAACAAAAUGUGCCUUGGCGCUUCGCGACCGCCAGUGAUGGUGCAGAGUCCUCAGCAGUGGCAAUUCGAAUCAGCCAACAAAGGAAUGACGGUAUCACUAGCCAAUCCAACCAAACCGCAAGGAAGUGGAGGGGGUGAAGGGAAAAGUUUGGCUGAGCGAUAGCGACUCUUCUUGCUCGACCAGUGAUUUCCUGCAGUAAGCAGCAGAUGAAGGAGGCGGAAGAAGCAAUGCGUUCUGACCUGCUGGCGAGGGGUGUUACCCCCCUCUGGCAGCCGCCGUCGUCCAGAAGGUGGUGGAGCACCACAUUGCCAAAUAUACCUACAUGGAAAUGCGGGAGAAACUGCGGGAGCGCGAGUUCCGCGUAAGGAAGUCCGCGGCAAAGGCAGGGCUAAAGCUGUCGACUCCUCCAUGUACCUCCAUGUACCAUUUUGACCAGGCAUUCUUGCAAGCAAAGAAAGAUUGUAUGGAGGCGUGCUUAGACCAAAUAGUCCGAUGGAUGCAUAUUGUUGAAAUAGACCCCAUGUUACGAUUGAGGAUGCACCAGGCAAUGGUUGAUGCAGAUUAUGGCAGAAGGGAGGAGCUACGACUCAUCGAGCAGCUCAAACAGAAGGAGUCCAUUAUUUCCGUCUGGGAAAAAAGCCUCGAAGCUCACAAAGCUGCUGCUGCUAAAGCUGCUGUUGCUGCUAAAGCUUAAUUUUUAUGUUAUCCUGACACAAUUUUCAUUUUGAUUCCUUUUUAAUAUUUAAUUUCUCGUUGAUGAGAUAUUUUUGAUGUGUGUCCUAAGAU